AUGGCCGACAGCAAAGUGGAGGCCAAUAUAGAUCCGGUUUAUCGCGACUCACUUACCCUUUUGGGCAAAUGGGGUUCUGAUUGUUGCCCCCCUGUGUGCGGCAUUCAGUUCGGUGCAACGAAAGAAUGCUCAAUAUCUAGAAGGAGCCUAGUUCAGGGUUUGACUAGUCAGGAAAGACAAGAUUUAUACCUCACCGUUCUUAUCGCCGAGACCAACGCGUCAACGCAUUCAAGCUGGGACAAGCAGUGGGUUCACGAUCUGGCCGACGACAUAUACACGUAUAAUGUAUCGACUGAAGAGCAUCGGCACCUGAAUCGCCUUCAAAGCACAAGCGCAUACUCGGAAAAGGGUGUUUACGAUUAUAUUUACGCGUUGAAACGAUGUUUUGAAGUAGGAACACCCUACAUUGCGAUGUUCGAGGAUGACAUUAUUCUGGCGGACGGGUGGCUCAUCCGUACCUUAACUGGCUUGAGGCAAAUUGCCUCAUCGGACAGAAGCUCAUGGCUUUACAUGCGGCUUUUCAACCAAGAACGAUCUAUCGGAUGGGCAAAUCAAUAUAUUGGAGGAAAUAAUGAGCACUGGAUUGUAUUUGGAAUUGGACUAUUCCUCUCUGGCUCUGCCAUAUUUGCACGGAAGAGAUGGAGAACAGCGCGAAGCUGGAUUGACAUUGAAACAUUAUGUAUUGUGGCUUUGAUUUUGAAUCCUGCCAUGGUCAUAUUGUUCUUUCAGUCGGGCAAAGCGUCACUUCUGCCGCCGUCACCAGGUGUCGUCGAGGAGCCAUUUGGUUGUUGCUCACAGGCGAUGGUAUUUCCGAGAGAGCAGAUACCGAUGUUGAUAAACUUUCAGGGAAAUAAGCGAAAGGGUCAAAUCGACUUACUGUUGAACGAGUUCGCCGAAGACGAACAGCUAGACAGAUAUGCAAUGUAUCCAGUGCAGGCGCAGCAUAUCGGUCUUGAAUCCGCUAGAAAGACAUUAAAGACCGAAGCGCAAGCCAUUUGGAGCAUGGCUUUCGAAGAUCUUGAUGCUUCAGCUUUAAGGACUGAGCAUCUUCUAAUGGUAGAAGAUUAUUAUUCCCGCUAA